AUGGCUGAAGCCGAGAUAAUCACGUAUAGAGGAAAUUGUCAUUGCGGGGACAUUGUAUUCGAGAUAAAGGCGCCCGAAAUCAAGAAAGCAGACAACUGCGAAUGCAGCAUCUGCGUGAGACAGGGCUAUCUUUGGCUCAUGCCAGGGAUUAGCAAUGUGAACAUUGUCAAGGGCAGCUUAGAGCAGCUGACGACGUAUACUUUCGGCGAAAAGAAAAUGAAGCAUUUGUUCUGCCCCAAGUGUGCUACUGCUGUGGCAGGUUCUUGGUGGAAGGAUGAGGAGGCAGACCCACAGCAUUCUCUGAAACCAAGCUAUGUCAACGCAAAUACUAUUCAGGGCCUUAACUGCUGGGAUUUAAAGAAAAUCCCAUAUGAUGGUGCUUCCAAGGGGGAGCCCUAUCAGCCCCCAGCUCAUAAAGGAGAGCUUCCAAAGGCCGAGGAAGGGGAGCUGGUGUACACAGGCAGUUGCCAUUGUGGAGCGGUGACCGUAGCCACGACGAGCAAACCAAUUGACGAGACUCACGAAAGGGUCAUCGAAUGCAACUGUACCGUCUGUUCGCGUAUUGGCUCUCUCUGGGUAUACUCUCCCACCACGUCUGUUGUCCUAUCCGGAGACGAAGCCAACAUUGGAAAAUACGAAUUCAACACGGGCAUGCUUUACAAGACGUUUUGCAAGAUUUGCGGCGUCGGCAUGACGAACAGCCCCAACGAACUUACUGAAGAUCAGAUUGCUGCGUUGCCAGAAGUCAUGCGGGGGCAUUAUGAAAAUCAACGAUUGCGCACGGGUGUGAACGCACGGGUGCUGCAUGGAGUGGAUGUGAGCAAGUUGAACACCGUCAAGAUAGAUGGAUUGAAUAAGAUUCCUGGGAAUUAUGUGAAUCCCUAA